AUGGAAGAAGAUAUGGCAUUGAAGAAAGCUAUGCACAAAGUUCAAACUUAUAAACUUUGCGAUGUUGAGGUUACACAUAUGAGUAAGUUUUUUAUAAUUUAGAUAUAGGUUUUAACUAGUUUUUGAUUAACAUUUAAUUUAUUGACUGGCUAUUUUAUUGUUAUAAUUGUUAAUUAACUUUUAGUGUUCAACUACUUAACUAAAUCAUGGUCGAAUGUCGUUAAAACAGUUUUACUUCCUGGAAUCAUCGAACGCGUUGGAGAAAUUCCGGAGGAAAAGAAGGCUCAAUUGGAGAGGAAAUUGUUGGAAAGAUUAAUUCAGCAUGGCAAGAUCUUUCACAUAUUGUACAAAUAUGAGGUUUGUUGUUGUUCUAUAUAUUGACAACGUUUAGGAGCUGAUAGAGCUAUAUUUUAAAAGAUGUUGAAGUUUUUUAACCUUAAGUUUAAUAUAGAUUAUUAAAGCUAAGUCUUCAUCUUCACCUACUUUUAUUUCAAGCUAUUUAAACGUUCGUUUUGUAUAGUUCAUUCUCAAAAGGCGUGUCGUUUGAUUAACUAUAACAUAAGUGUUUAGAACUCCAUCGAUCGUGUUCUCAAGGUUCCUAAAGAGCUGGUUUGUCCUGGUGAUGAAGAAAAUCAGAAGCUCAACGAAGAGAAUGCUCCAGAUGAGCAAGAAGUGUUGUCUGACAUCAGAGACUUGAUGAUGGAAAUUGUACAGGUAAGUCUUGUUUCGUUUAUAUAUUAUAUUAGUAUUGUGUUACAGAUUGGAAAUUCGGUUAAAUUAAUGGUUUUAAUUUCAGUUGAGGAAGCAAAAAGAUGUGCUUCAGAAGUUGAAGAUGUCUAAACACUCGUCGGAAUCUGUUGAAUCUGAAGUCGAUGUAGUAAUGUAA